AUGAUGCAUAUGACGUUUUACUGGGGGAGGAAGGUGACGCUGUUGUUCGAUUUCUGGAAGACCAGCACAUGGAUGGAGUACGGCUUAACCCUAGCCGCCUGCCUCCUCUUCUCUGUCUUCUACCAGUACGUGGAAGACCGGAGGCUCCGCUUCAAGAAGUUAUCAAUCUCCUCCUCUUCCGUCGCCGCCGCUCCCGGUGCUCCGCCAUCGUCCGUCGAUGAUACUCCUCUUCUGGUCUCCAGCAACCGCGACCAGAAGUCCAAGCUGUUCGGCGCCGGAUUCGGCGGUCGGUGGACCUCGUUAGCCGGAGCCGUGAUGUUCGGGAUCAACUCGGCGAUCGGUUACAUGCUCAUGCUGGCGAUCAUGUCCUUCAACGGCGGCGUUUUUGUGGCUGUCGUCGUCGGCCUCGCCCUUGGCUACCUUUUCUUCCGAUCUUCCGACGAUGACGUGCUCGUCCUCGACAACCCUUGCGCCUGUGCUUAGAGUCUUCAGUUGAUCCGUCUCGUUGGAUUUCGCUGUCGUGCCUGCUUGCUUGCUUCUCUUCUUCUGUUCUUUGUCUCGCGUUCCUCACUGUGGUUGUUACUGUAGUAGUAGUAGUAGUAGUUGUUGUUGUUGUUGUUGUUAAUUAAAUUAAUUGAAAAUAAUCUGAUCAAAACUUUGUAAAACUCGAUGGUGAUCUGAUCUGAGGAUUCCGCUACCUUCUGGCAGUAAUCUGCACAAUUCUAUUUCUAUUUUGUUUUCUC